GGAUCGCGGAUCGGCCGCCGGUGGUGCCCGAGGCCGGUCGGCGUCCGUCCGUCCGCUCGCUCGGCUGGCUGCUCGCCCUCCGGCCCCGACGAGGCGUCCGUCGCCGGGCUUCCGCGGUCGGCAUGCUGCGGUCGGCGCGGCUCCUCUGAGUCCGGGAACGGCGGCGAGCGCGGCGGGCUCGGGGUCGCCAUGCCUACCCGAGUGUGUUGCUGCUGCUCCGCUCUGCGUCCUCGCUAUAAACGCCUGGUGGACAACAUAUUCCCCGAAGAUCCAAAAGAUGGCCUUGUUAAAGCUGAUAUGGAGAAGUUGACCUUUUAUGCCGUGUCUGCACCGGAGAAGCUCGAUCGGAUAGGAGCCUACCUGGCAGAAAGGCUGAGCAGGGAUGUCGUCAGGCAUCGUUCCGGGUAUGUUCUAAUUGCUAUGGAGGCGUUGGACCAGCUUCUUAUGGCCUGCCAUUCUCAAAGCAUCAAGCCGUUUGUAGAAAGCUUCCUUCAUAUGGUAGCAAAGCUCCUGGAAUCAGGGGAACCAAAGCUUCAAGUUCUUGGAACAAAUUCUUUUGUCAAAUUUGCCAAUAUUGAAGAAGAUACACCAUCCUAUCAUAGACGUUAUGACUUCUUUGUGUCUCGAUUCAGUGCCAUGUGUCAUUCCUGUCACAGUGACCCAGAAAUACGGACUGAGAUCCGUAUUGCUGGAAUAAGAGGUAUUCAAGGUGUGGUUCGCAAAACAGUUAAUGAUGAACUUCGGGCUACCAUUUGGGAGCCACAACACAUGGAUAAGAUUGUUCCCUCCCUCCUGUUUAACAUGCAGAAGAUAGAAGAAGUUGACAGUCGCCUAGGCCCUCCUUCUUCCCCCUCUGCAGCCGACAAAGAAGAGAACCCUGCAGUGCUGGCUGAGAGCUGUUUCAGAGAGCUGCUGGGCCGAGCAACUUUUGGGAAUAUGAACAAUGCUGUUAGGCCAGUUUUUGCGCAUUUAGACCAUCACAAGCUGUGGGAUCCUAAUGAAUUUGCAGUUCACUGCUUUAAGAUUAUCAUGUAUUCUAUUCAGGCCCAGUAUUCUCACCAUGUGAUCCAGGAAAUUCUGGGACACCUUGAUGCUCGGAAGAAGGAUUCCCCUCGGGUUCGAGCAGGCAUCGUCCAGGUUCUGUUAGAGGCUGUUGCUAUUGCUGCUAAAGGUUCCAUAGGACCAACAGUGCUGGAAGUCUUCAACACCCUGCUGAAACACCUGCGGCUCAGUGUGGAGUUGGAAGCCAAUGACUCCCAGCGGGGGUCUGUGGGCAGCAUCCCCUUGAGUUCCAAAGACAACGAUGAGAAGAUUGUGCAGAACGCUAUCAUCCAGACCAUAGGGUUUUUUGGAAGCAACCUGCCAGACUAUCAGCGAUCAGAGAUCAUGAUGUUCAUCAUGGGGAAAGUGCCUGUGUUUGGAACAUCCACUCAUGCUUUGGAUGUCAGUCAACUGGGGGAUUUGGGAACCAGGAGAAUUCAGAUAAUGUUGCUGAGGUCUUUGCUUAUGGUGACUUCUGGAUACAAAGCCAAGACAAUUGUUACUGCUCUGCCCGGGUCAUUUCUGGACCCUCUCUUAUCGCCAUCCCUCAUGGAAGAUUAUGAGCUGAGGCAGCUGGUCUUGGAAGUAAUGCACAACCUCAUGGAUCGCCAUGACAACAGGGCAAAGCUCCGCGGCAUCAGAAUAAUACCAGAUGUGGCUGACUUGAAGAUAAAAAGAGAAAAGAUUUGUAGACAAGAUACAAGCUUCAUGAAAAAGAACGGGCAGCAGCUAUACAGGCACAUAUAUCUGGGCUGCAAAGAGGAAGACAAUGUUCAGAAAAACUAUGAGCUCCUUUAUACAUCUCUGGCUCUCAUAACUAUUGAACUAGCCAAUGAAGAGGUGGUUAUUGACCUCAUUCGAUUGGCCAUUGCUUUACAGGACAGUGCAAUUGUCAAUGAAGAUAACUUGCCAAUGUUUCAUCGCUGUGGAAUCAUGGCACUAGUUGCAGCAUAUCUGAACUUUGUGAGUCAGAUGAUAGCCGUUCCUGCAUUCUGCCAGCAUGUAAGCAAGGUUAUUGAAACUCGAACUAUGGAAGCCCCUUAUUUUCUACCGGAGCAUAUUUUCAGAGAUAAGUGCAUGCUUCCAAAGUCACUAGAGAAGCAUGACAAAAGUUUAUACUUUCUGACCAACAAGAUCGCAGAGUCCCUUGGUGGCAGCGGGUACAGUGUGGAAAGGCUGUCGGCUCCUUACGUGCCACAGGUGACAGAUGAAGACCGUCUUUCUAGAAGAAAAAGUGUUGUGGAUACUGUGUCUAUUCAGGUGGAUAUUUUAUCCAACAGUGUGCCUUCUGAUGACGUGGUCAGCAACACUGAAGAAAUCACCUUUGAAGCCCUAAAGAAAGCAAUUGACACCAACGGAAUGGAGGAACAGGAAAAGGAAAAGAGACGUCUUGUGAUCGAAAAGUUCCAGAAAGCCCCUUUUGAAGAAAUAGCUGCACAGUGUGAAUCCAAAGCAAAUUUGCUUCAUGAUAGACUUGCUCAAAUAUUGGAGCUCACCAUACGCCCUCCUCCCAGUCCAUCCGGAACACUGACCAUGACUUCCGGGCAUGCCCAGUACCAGUCCGUCCCAGUCUAUGAGAUGAAGUUUCCAGACCUGUGUGUGUACUGACUGGCUCAUGAAGACUAUAGCAUCUAAAAGAAACUUAGAGCCUGAAACACAAGGCCGAGAUGAGUUUUCAGGAUUUGCGUAACAUUUGCUGAAGUGUCCUGAAACGCGAUGGGAUUUAUCUCUAACCAAACACUUGUCAUGCUGUGUUAGAAGUUAGGAACUCUGCUCUAGAGUACUUCUAAAGGCAGACUUACGCCACGUUCAUUUGUUUUGAGGUUCCUGUUAGCUUUUAAGAUUGAACAUGUAUUGCUUUCACAUUAUGCUGUUGUUAAUAGUAUAUUUUAAACUUUGCACAAACAUGAUUUUUUUAAAAAAAGAUUGAAAAUGUGUGAAGUGUCUGCUGAUUUCUUAAGCGUCUCCACAACUGUUUAGAAAUGGAUUGCUUUUGUUUUGUUCUCUUCAAAAGCAAAUGUAUUCCUAAUCCUAGGGCUGCAAAUUCUUUGAUGCUUUCUGAAUCCAUGCGUUAGACAGACUGCGUUGACCUUCCUUUAGUCCUCAGUGGUGACACGUGGCAGGCUUUCCUACAGUAUCGAUGAUAGAAAAAUCUACUGAGUAGUAUUUGCACAUAGGUUCCCAUCAGGAAACUGGCCAGGCCUUACUGGUCUUGUGAUAAUGUGUUUUCUGCUUCAAGCUGAGCCCUUGAGCCCCUUAGAGCUUACUCUUGGAGCACCAGAAGGUGCAGUGUUUUCCACAUAUGAUGUGUUAGUUUACAAACUGCGCUUUGAAACUAUAGUUGUAUUUUGCUGUAACUCCAUUAAUUAAAUGAAAUAUAUAUUUACUAUAGAGAAGAUAUUUAAAAUAGCUACAUGUUCACCUGUGCAAAGCCUAUACAUUUCAGUUUCUUUUAAAUGAAUGAAUUUUCAGUUUUAUAUUCUACCUUGUUUUUAGGCCUUCAUAGUAAAAGCAGUUUCCCCAGUGAACCUUUUAAUUUGUAGGAUUUGAACCAAAACUUGUAUGCAUCUCUAUUGAAAGAUUAGUUACAUACAUUCAGAGUGGUACGUGUGUUCUUGUUAGGUUUUGUGAGUGUCAGCUGCCUUUAUUCCAGUGUGUGAGACAGCAUUAGAAAAUUCUCUUAGCACAGUUUGGUGAACUCACCUUAUAAAACUCUAUUCUUUCAAAUUCAGUUUCUUUUUGCAUAAAAUAGUAUUCCUAUCAAAAAUUAUAACUCAAAAAUAAUUUGGUCUUAGUUUAGUUUCGUUUUGUUUUUUAAAAGAAAUUAAUAAAUGGGAUGCUUUAAAUAUGCAUUUAUGGUUAUUUGAGCACCAUUCAUACAAAAAGGAAAAGACAAAAAGGAAGUGAACAUCUUGCCCAGAAUUUUGAAUAUACACAACAGAGACGGGUCCAUUUGCGAAAACCUCUGACAGGGCAACCAGGCUGCUGAUCAGGGCAGACCCGCCAGACCUUGUCCUCAGAGGGACAGCGCAGCUGCCACUGGAAACCAGCAGCCUACUCCAGCUGUCACUGUAGCUUCCCUGCAUGCCAGGGAACAUGUCACUGGUGAAUGUCAAGCCUCAUGCAUUUUUGUUUCCCUUCUUCCGCAUUUUCAAAGAAGGCUAUUAUAUGUUGACUACAUUUAAAAUCUAAACAGGGGGACAUGCAAAAACAAUCAUCAUCCACUUGGAUGCCAUUUUAUAAAUGAACACUGUGUGCUUUUGUAUGGAAAAUAUAUAAUUUAAUAGUAUAAGAAAGAUAUAUAUAUUCACUUGCAUUCAUGGAAAGCAAGCUUUGCUGUACAGAAUUUUGCUUUUCUUAGUGAUUUAAAAAGGCAUGCUUUGCAUGUAAAGUAAUAACUUUGCAACUAAUUUUUUUAAUCAUACCUUUCUCUUGGUUUUUGUAAACUGUUGGUUUGAGUAUUGUUAUUCUUAAACCACAGGACACUUCUGGAUAUAUUAGGUCCAGUAGCCUGAACUGGUCUUCUUGACAAGGGUUCCCAAGGGAUGGCUAUUUCUCUGUGUCUUCUACGUUUGCGGGGAAUGCCCUUGGGCAGGUGAGCAAGCUGUAGCCAGCUCAGGUACUGACUUUGGGGCUUGGUGUGUCUUGGCAGGUAUGUGAUACUCGAAUUGUUUCUCGUUCUAUUUGGUUGUGUUCUUUCAUGUGACACGGAACAAUUCACUUAAAUGUUCCUCCUAUGCUUAUAGUUUCACUGAACUUUACCCAAUCUUUCAGAUUCUUUCUCAUGUUCUUUUCUCCUCUCCCUUCCCUCCACCCUCCUCUUGAACUCGUUAUCCUUUAGAGUAACGCCACCCUCAGCCAGCAGUUCAACUCCCCAUUCCGUCAAACGGAACUCAUUUGUCUCACUAAUGCUGAUACAUGUAUUGAUGUGGUAAAGUAAGUUUUUUAAAUGUAAAGUUUCAUUGUGCAAUCAAAUGUAAGCAAUAAAACAAAAAUUACA